AGUGGCCAUCCCCCGAGCUCAGGCUCCUCAGAGAAAAGCUGCGAGCUUAAAAGAAGCUUUUUAAGCCUAGAUUGUGCGUUGGCUGCAAGGAUGCGGCGUCUCGGGUGUCCAUGAUCCUGGGGUUGUGCCAGCCAGGUGGUCAACAGCCACUGCUAAUAGACUUGGCAACCUCUUCUGCACCCUAUUUUCCUCCUACGCACAUGGGGAGCGAAGGUACAAGCAGCUCCUCAACAAGUGGCUGAAGACAAAUUUGUAUUUGAUUUGCCCGACUAUGAAAACAUCAAUCAUGUAGUGGUCUUCAUGCUGGGAACUAUUCCAUUUCCAGAUGGAAUGGGAGGAUCUGUCUAUUUUUGUUACCCAGACCAGAGCGGGAUGGCAGUGUGGCAGCUGCUGGGCUUUGUCACUAAUGAGAAACCAAGUGCCAUCUUCAAAAUUUCUGGUCUGAAAUCUGGGAAAGGAAGUCAAAAUCCCUUUGGUGCCAUGAACCUCCCUCAGACACCCACAGUAGCCCAGAUUGGAAUCUCAGUGGAACUGCUGGAGAACCUGGCCCAGCAGACUCCUGUUGCCAGUGCUGCUGUGUCAUCAGUGGAUUCAUUCACUGAGUUCACUCAGAAGAUGUUGGAUAACUUCUAUAACUUUGCUUCAUCAUUUGCUGUUACUCAGGCACAGAUGACCCCAAAUCCUUCUGAAGCUUUCAUUCCUGCAAAUGUAGUUCUGAAAUGGUAUGAGAACUUCCAGAGACGUUUGACACAGAACCCUCUGUUCUGGAAAACAUAAGCUUGAAUUGUGCCAUUUGAAGUGCAAUCAAAAGAGUGUGACCUGAAAGAUGCAGCAGGUGUCUCCAAUAAAGAAUUUCAGGGGGAGGGGAAAAAAUAUGAAACAACACAAACGAUUAGUCUGACUAGACAAACUUGUAACUUUUGUAUUACUCUUGAAAAUUAUUUAAAAUUAAAACCUGUGAAAACUA